AUGAACGGAAUCGAUUCGUCAUUUGCGGCAGUGCCUCAGUCGCACCUCGUCGCGGGAAUGCCCCCAGCGGCGGUGCUGCCGCCCGUCAUCGAAAAUCGUGACCCAAUUCCAGAAGAAUUGAUUCUGGAGGAAGAUCGUGAGGUACUUCAAGAGGGACCCAAUUUCGAGCGAUUCCGAGCCAUCGCCAUCACGACAGCCGUCACCCACGUGCUGGCCACCGCGCCUGCAUCAACCCUCUACCAGCGUGCCUCCAUUUCUGGACGAAAUCUCUUUCGGCCAACGUCCAUCAGCUCCGCACUGCGCACACAUGCCGAUGAAUUUCGACAGUUCCAUCGCCAGGAAUCUUUUCCCUUCGUGCUCGGCUCGGGUCUGCUCGAUCUGUGCGACGGUGCCGUGUCAGGCGCGCUGCUUGGUGUCCUCGUCGAGCUCUCCAAGGUCGGGUGGGUGGUCAUGACCCUGGGUGACGAGGUGACGUUCGAGGAGACCAACAACAACCAGCAGCAGCAGCCCGUGCCGACGCUGGCCCAGCGGGUGAAGCACCUCCUCUACUUUGGCGUCUCCAACGCGGCCUGCUUCGCCGCCGCCGCCGCCCUCUGCCUUCCACUCCACAUCGCCAACUUCCAAGUGCGACACCACAUCUGGCGCGGCUGGCGCCCCGGAGUCUUCCCUCUCGCACAAUACUACAAGGCGCUGCCGACGCUGAGUGUCGAGUACCAGUUCAUGCAGAUCUUCAACCGACGGCUGCGGCGGCAUGUCUACGACUUGCUCGGCCGACCGUUCUCCGUGCCGCUGGCGACAGUGCGCCGCCUCGAGCGCGAGGAGAAGGCCGCGCGACGACUCAUCAGGGGCAAGGAGAAGCUCGUCGACGACGAUGAUGAUGAAGAUGAUGAGGACGAAGGAGAAGAUGGAGUGGGCGAGAAGAAGGGCAAGGCGCUACAGCGACGAGGCAAAGGGAAAAUCGGAGGGAAAAAGAACGGAAACAGAAAGGGAAAAUGCUCCCGCGUAGCGGGAGGAGCAGGAUGCGAAGAGGGGGAGGACGACGAUGAGGCGCUGGACCUGGCCGAUAUGGGCCGGGAGCUGGCGAGGCAGGUGGGUUUCCACGCGCUGACGCGCGGUAUCGCCGUCGGGGUGACCCUGCUCACCAGCGUGGUCCACAUGCCGCUGUGUACCAUCACCAACUCGAUCCUCGCCUCCCCGAGCUCCUACACGGGACCCAUCGACUGCGCCCAGAAGAUCCUCGCCGCCGAGGGCUGGCAGGGCUUCUACAAGGGUCUCUUCUGGUACGUGCUGUACACGUCGGACGUGCUCUUCCUGCACGAUGUGUGGACCGGCGCCGAGCUGAGUCUUGCCGAUUGA